UUCCACUUCCGAGUUCCCAUCAGAAAGAGUGCAGCUAGGUGCGCAACAGCGGCAGCUUCUUUUGCUUAGCAGGCAGCAGCAUCCCUUUCGACGCCCAGCUUCAUUUCAUAGUUUGUUGUGUAGCUGAAAAUUGGUGUAAAAUAAUAUACAUUAAACGUGAACAAUGGCUACUGACUCCUGGGCUCUGGCUGUCGAUAAACAGGAAUCUACGACUGACUCUUUCGGCUCCUUGGUGAUAAGAUCUCCACCUCGAGGUGGAGGUGAUGCUGCACCUAGAAAGGCAAAAGGUACCACAAAACAAUUGGAGAAUGGCACCGAAGGGGAAGAAAAAGAGGACAAAGCGGCCCAGUCGUUGUUGAAUAAGAUGAUCCACACCAGCCUUGUGAACACUACCAAUCAAGUAGAGGUUCUUCAGAGGGAUCCAAACUCUCCUCUUUACUCGGUCAAGACAUUUGAAGAGCUGAGACUGAAAGAUGAGCUGCUAAGAGGAGUGUAUGACAUGGGUUUCAACAGACCCUCUAAGAUCCAGGAGAAUGCCCUGCCCAUGAUGCUGGCAGAGCCCGUGUAUUAUCCCUCUGGUUCCAGACCUCAGAACCUGAUUGCCCAAUCACAGUCCGGCACAGGUAAAACAGCUGCCUUUGCGCUGGCCAUGCUCAGCCAUGUUGACCCAGCUAACAAAUGGACUCAGUGUCUUUGCAUUGCCCCAACGUACGAGCUAGCCUUGCAGACUGGUAAAGUCAUUGAACAGAUGGGGAAAUUCUAUCCUGAAGUCAAAUUGGCAUAUGCCAUUCGUGGCAAUAAAUUGGACCGAGGGAUGAAGAUUCAGGAGCAAAUUGUCAUCGGGACACCUGGCACGGUCCUAGACUGGUGCUCCAAACUGAAGAUCAUCGACCCCAAGAAGAUCAGCGUCUUCGUCCUGGACGAGGCUGACGUCAUGAUUGCCACACAAGGUCACCAGGACCAGAGCAUCCGGAUCCAAAGAAUGUUGCCAAAUGAAUGUCAGAUGCUGCUGUUUUCGGCCACGUUUGAGGACUCAGUCUGGAAGUUUGCCGAGAGGGUUGUGCCAGAACCCAACAUCAUCAAGCUGAAACGUGAAGAGGAGACUCUGGACACCAUCAAGCAGUAUUACGUGCUCUGCAAUGAUAAGGACGAGAAGUUCACAGCCCUCUGUAAUAUCUACGGAGCAAUCACCAUCGCCCAGGCUAUGAUCUUCUGUCAUACCAGAAGGACAGCUGGCUGGCUGUCUGCUGAGCUGACCAAAGAGGGCCAUGUGGUGGCACUGCUGAGUGGGGAGAUGACUGUUGAGCAGAGAGCGGCCAUCAUUGAACGCUUCAGGGAGGGCAAAGAGAAAGUCCUGGUGACCACCAACGUAUGCUCCAGAGGCAUUGAUGUUGAGCAAGUUUCCGUGGUGAUCAACUUUGACCUGCCCAUGGACAAAGACGGAAACGCUGACAACGAGACAUACCUUCACCGGAUUGGCCGAACAGGACGUUUCGGCAAGAGGGGGCUUGCCGUCAAUAUGAUUGACAGCAAACAAAGCAUGAACAUUCUCAACCAAAUCGAGAAGCAUUUCAGUACGUUUCUGUCUCUAGACCAAUUAAUUGUACAUAUUGAUCUAUAUAGUAGGGUUCUCAUUAGUAACCUAACCUUUCGUCUUGUUUUUCCCCCACAGAUAAGAAGAUAAACAAACUUGACACUGACGAUCUGGAUGAAAUUGAGAAAAUCAGCAACUGAAGAGGAUGCUAUCCUUUAUAAAUCAUAAUUGAAUGCAUCUAAUAUUUAUGCAGGUGGGACUGUUGCCUCAUUAAUAUUACUAGACAGAUCAUACUUGUAAGGUUAGCUAGCGAGCCAGCCAGCUAAUGUUUGCUAGCUAGCUAACAAUAAACUUUAACUUGAAAUGAAAACAACUUUCUGACAAAAUUAGAAAUAAUGAUAUCUGAAAAUGUAACUGGCUAGACUCUCUUACCCAUAUACAUGGAUGGAUGCUUCUCCCUCUGUCACGGAUGCCAUGGUUGCCUUAGUUUUAAGAUGUAAUACGGAGACAGGUGUUUUACACAACAGCCUUCUGUGUAUUCUCGUUUAUACUCCAUCUUCAUAUUUGCAAUCAUACGCCAGAAUUUUCUCCAUCUCCUUAGCGAUCAUACUCUAAUAUUACUGAUUUCAAAACUCGACCCUCCAGAAAGUGGAAAGCAACUCUUAUGCAGUUCUACUACGAGAUAGCUAUCAAAAAAAAGCUGUGUUAGAAAGGAUUACCUACACAUACUGACCAGCUCAUGUUAUAGACAGAAGCGGGCUACAUGGCAGAUCAAUCCGAACUCAUCUCUUUGCAUGUCCAGCCCAUCAUGGCUAGCGGGAAGGUUCCUGCCUUUUUCUGUGGCUAAACCAACUAGGCUCGUAAUUUAACAAUAUUAUUUGUAUUUACAGAUGGCAUACAAGUUUUAUCAAGGCACAUGAAAGUUCAUGUUCCAGAAGGCAUUUCUUACCCCAAAAAUGUUGAUAAUAAAAACAAAAGUUUAAAUUCAAAUGGCUCUCCUGUGAAGUGGUGACCCGCGACAUACGCCUAGUUUGCUGAAAUGAGUCACAUUUAUGCUUUUGGACUUAAGUCACUAAGGAUUUAUUUGAAUGUUUACAUGAAAUGACAGUAUAUGUUAGCCAUGCCUUAAGCAUUUAGAUUUCAUAGAUUCUGCUCUUUGAGACUAUUAGGAUUACAGUUGGUUUUCAUUUGCUAUAAUCUUUAUCAAGGGGUUACACUAAACUAAUAUUUUACCCUCUUGAUCGGGUGCUCUCCUCAGGAAUGCAUAAAUGUACGCAUUGGCCAUAUGGUUGUUUGCAGCAUUAUACAGUAUAUUGAAUAAAACAGAGAACACUUUGCAAAAGUUAGACUAAUGGGAGAAGUUUGCUGUGCUGAUUUGUCUUAACCCUUUAUAUAAUCAUAAGAGUGGAAAGGUAAUGUGAUUUGAAGUUGAGCAAAUGAGAAGUACUGUACUAACUAAACUGGAGAAAUGUCCAUUCCUUAUUAAUGAGAAGGCAACUCAUGAUCAAUCUAGUCUAGACCUACAAUCCUUGAGAGAUUUACAGAAUUUCAGUAUUGCAACACUAAAUACAUUCUUGAUAGUUUGGAUACACGGGUGUUUCACGGUAAUCCUAAAAUUCCAUUGUAAUAAUACUGUGAGUAUUAGAGCGGUUGCACCAUCUUGUAUUUUAAGUUUUCCCAAUAAGGCUCUGCAAAUCUCUGAUGGGAGGUUGUUUCGGUGAACAAAACUUGUUUCCAGUCACAUUCAAUUAGUUUGACACUAACAUGAAGGUUUGUGUCAGAAUUGAUUGGUUAAUAUUUUCCUUAAACUAUUGGCAUGCUUAUUCUGUCAACUGACAAAUUGGGCACUAUUACCAAGUAAAAUAAGAUUGUAUGGAAUGUACCUAAAUUGUUAGGAAUAGAUUUAUUUAUAGAGAAACAAGCUUUAUUGAGCAAAACACCAUUUAAUAAUGUUUUUUGUACCUUAGUGAAUGUUAUUUAUAUUUGGACUGUGCUUGAACUAAACUUAAGUGUUUAGAGUGUUUACCUUGGCUAUGGAAGCAAUACAUAGCCUCUGCUGAAUCUAUUCUCUUAUACUUGUCUGCACUUUUUGGUUUUAUUGUUCUAAAUUGCCGUAAUAAAGAUUACCUACCUAAA